GUUUUGCUCAGAACGAAAGAUCAACAUGUAUUUCCACUUUUCUUAUUCUGCUCUUGAUCGUAAAGAUAAGAGCCCAAAUUGACAGGAAAACUGUAGCCGAGCGCGACGGGAAAAAUAUAUAUUCAAAGUGUCAAAUUUUGAAAACGGAGGAAGUUUGUUACCGAAAAAUGUCAAAAUCGCAAACAGAAUAUUCAUCCGGUGAUUCAGAAACUUCAGUCAAAAUCUGCUUAGCACCACUCAGCACUGAUCCAGUUGCCAUUCAGAAACGUCAGGAAUGCUGUAAUUCCAACGAGUUUAUUACUGUGGAUGCGGCUAAAUCCGGACAUGUGAAACGGGAAAUUCGAGUCAUGGCUGACGGCGUCUACGACUUACUCCACAUGGGACACAUCCUUAUGCUUAAACAAGCCAAAGAAGCCUUUCCAAAUGUGUAUUUGAUCGCAGGCGGU